AUGAUGGCAGGAUGGUUUGCCUCCACUUCACAGCUCGACGAGCAGAUAGACAAGGCUACCUCGAGCUCACUCGAAGAUAUUGCCCUUAAUCUCGAAAUAUCGGAUAUCAUACGGUCGAAGACGGUGGGCUCGAAAGAGGCGAUGCGUUCGCUCAAACGGCGCAUAGGCAACAAGAAUCCGAACUUCCAACUGAGCGCACUCAACCUUACGGAUACAUGUGUGAAGAAUGGCGGAUCGCAUUUUCUGGCUGAAAUCGCAUCAAGAGAGUUCAUGGAUAACCUCGUCUCACUCCUCAAGGCAUACGGCGGGGCAGCAGUCAAUGAAGAGGUCAAGGCAAAGAUAUUGGAGCUGAUUCAGACAUGGGCAACUGCUACAGAAGGACAGCAUGAACUGUCGUACAUUGGGGAGACAUAUAAGGGGUUGCAACGAGACGGGUUCCAUUUCCCUCCAAAGGUCGACGUCGCAAAGAGUAUGUUACUCAGCAAUGCACCACCGGAAUGGACAGAUUCAGAUGUGUGUAUGCGAUGUAGAACAGCCUUCAGCUUCACGAACCGAAAGCACCACUGCCGGAAUUGUGGUAAUGUUUUCGACCAGCAGUGUUCGGCCAAAGUCCUACCUCUUCCGCAUCUCGGCAUUGUCCAGCCAGUCCGUGUGGACGAUGGAUGCUAUAUCAAAUUAACAGAUAAGUCUUCGAAAGGGGGAUCGUUUGCGUCGCCUCGCUCUCCGAUCAAGCAGCAUAGACCGAGCGGAUCCAUGCAGCCUCGCAGCGCGCGAAUAGAGUCUACAUUCGAUGAGGAUAUACAAAGGGCACUGGCUAUGAGUUUGGAGGAAGUCAAUAGUCAUGCCGGAGCCGGAUAUGUUCCCCAAUCAAAGAUCCAGUCAACCCCUGCCCAAACCACCACGAAUGGAGCUACCAAGAGCUCUUCGAGCAAGCCUGCUGAGGAAGAAGAUGAUGAUCUAAAAGCGGCAAUUGCUGCAUCUCUUGCCGAUAUGGAAGAACAGAAGAAAAAGCACUCUGCUACGAUCAAAGAACAGGCUUCUUCUGGCACAGCGCCGUCUGGAAUUGUUCCUCUACGGAAGAACGAAUAUGAGCUUACUCCGGUCGAAGCAGAGAAUAUUAACUUGUUUUCUACCCUCGUAGACCGAUUACAGACUCAGCCUCCUGGAACCAUUCUUAGGGAACCUCAAAUUCAAGAGCUGUAUGAGGGCAUCAACAAGCUUCGACCGAAACUGGCUCGAACGUAUGGGGAGACUAUGAGCAAACAUGACACACUUCUAGAUCUUCAUGCGAAGCUAUCUACUGUCGUCAGAUAUUACGAUCGCAUGCUCGAGGAACGUUUGUCAAGUACAUACAACCAGCACACCGUCAGUGGAUACAAUCUCCCUCCUCAGAGACCGGUAUCAACUAUGUAUCCGUCAAUUUCUUCAAAUUUGCCGAGCACUGCCGGAGGUGCUGAGAACUAUUACACUGGAAAUGCUCCCCAGGAACCAUAUGCGCGACCCCAGUCAACAUACUCGUAUGGGCAGCCUCAGCAACAAUAUCAACAGUACGAUAAUCGGGCUUCUGUUGCUGGAUACCCUGCACCGGUGCAGAGAAAGGAAAGUUAUGGUCAGUAUCCACCUCAGCAACAGCCAGUACAGCCUCAAAGAACAGGCAGCUGGCAACCGUCAGAUCCUUCCACCGGGUAUGCUCCUCAGCAGCCAUCUUAUCCACCAGAAAGUGUUCCGCCUCAACAGCACGCCCAGCCCACGAAUGCUCCUCCAGGAUCUCAGACACCAAUGAGCGUGCCUUCUCAGCCGCCAACUACUUAUGGUCAGUCGGAACCUGCGGUGUCACCUGCUGCCGAUCCAAAUGCAGCAUUCUAUUACAACACUCCUGGCCAGGCACCUCCACAACAGGCUUCAGAUCCGCAACAACCACAGUAUCCACAAACUCACCAAUCACCCCAGCAAUACCAAUCUACUGUCCAGCAACCUGUCUCUCCACUACAAUCAACAAGACAACCUCAGAAGCCUCAAGAGCAAUACGCUCCUCCCCCACAACAACAAGCUCCUCCCCAGCAAUAUGCUCCGCCUCAGCAGCAGCAGCAAGCUCCCUACUGGCAAGCCCAGCAACAAGCUUCAGCCCAACAACCAGCUCCAGCACAGCAGCAGCCAUGGCAACCUGCUGGACCAACCUACAGUGGAUAUACUCAAGAUUCGUUCCCAUCAGCACCUCACCAUGCACCACAACCUAAGGUAGAGGAAGCUCUGAUUGAACUUUAA